AUGGCUCUCGAAGCUGUCGGCCUCGGCCUCGGGGCAACUCAGUUUGCGGCUGAGCUCGCCGUGACCAUCGUCAAGUUGAAGCGGCUCUGGGACGAAGUGCAGGAUGUCCCCGACCACAUCCAGUCCAUCCUCGAGGAGCUAGAGGACGUGGACCUGAUUCUCCAGGAUGUCGAGGAGCAGAUCAACCGUGACGAGAUUCCGGACGAGCUCAAGUCGACCGUCCUCCCUCGCGUCUUGCGAUCGACACAGAGGGCGUAUAGAGCGUUGGAAGAACUUGUCGAAAGUCUUGACAGGCAGAUUGUGUCUUCCAGGGGAUUCCGACGGAGGCUUGUUUCGGUGAGGGUCGUAAUUAAGAAGCCGGUAUUAGAAAAGAUGGAGAGCCAGCUGCGGAGAGCUUUGGACAUUCUGAAUAUGGCUAUCAACAGCUACACAAUGGCAUAUACACGCAUUUCGAGCCAGGUCAUUAUAAACCGACUGCCUUUGCCGGCACCACCACAGUCCGGGCCCGCAAGACAUGGCCAGGUUAUAACUACCAUCGAGCCCGUGCCUCCAGAAGUCGACAUUGCAAAGAAGACAACCCCGGAAGAGGUCGCACGACUCCGUACGAUAUAUCCAGGAACAUCUUGGCUCGGACGCGUUAAUUUCACACUCAACUCGAAAGAUCGUUACGAAUUCGUUCUGCAGGCGCCGAGUUGGCUUGCAGCAAGCAUCUAUUCUGUCAUGGUUGAGCGUAGCCUCCACGGCUGGAACACUGAACUCAAAGUACACAACGUGAUUCGGAGUUGGAAGGAGGUCGAAGGGGUUGUUGGCAUCUUGGAGACAGAUGACUGUCCUGCGCUGCUGAGUUUCCUCACUCGGCAGAGGCUGCCUUUGUUGACGCGAGACCGAGAUGGUUUCACACUACUGGACCUAUCUUCGUGGUCUGGCAGUGUUAGGACGUUUGGAAAACUCGUUGAACUUGGGCUGAAAAGCUAUAUCCUCGACAACCGAUGGGGUGGAGUGUUGACUUCGAGAAUGUAA